UCGGAUCAAAGGAGGCGCCUGGGGAGAGGAGAGAUAAAUUAAAAGAAAAAAGGAAAAAAAAAUCUCGAUAAAAUCGGGAGGAAGAAAAAGAGAAAUUUUAUUUCCGUGGAAAUUUGUAUUUUGAGGAGAAGGAGAUGGAUGAGGUGAGAUCAUCGGCGGCGUGGGUCGCAAAUCGUUCCUCUCACGUGAAAGUUGAUGUUUUAGAACUUGAAAAGGUGGUGGAUAAUAUUCAAGGUUCAAUUCCAAAAGUUGAAUGGGAUUUUGAAGGGAUUCACUACUUUGAUAAUGGACCUCUUACUGUCCAGUACCUAUUUGUGUUGGACGCGCUGAACUUUUGUUUUUGGCCAGACAAGGAUUUAAAUUAUGAUGAUCUGGCUUCGGGUCUGAAAGAAGCUCUGCAGAAUGAUAACUCUGCUCUUGAUGCAGACCGUCUACAGAACUAUACUGGUCCUGAACUGCGCAAGCUGUUGAAAUGGCCCCGUCCACUUCCAUUGGAGGAGGAACGAGUACGCUUACUACAUGAGGUUGGACUGGAACUGGAGAGAAGCUUUGGUGGAGAGGCAGCUAACCUUGUGAAGGCUUGCGGGAAAUCUGCUGUAUCUCUUGUUGCCCUUAUCACGCGUCAUUUUCCUGGCUUCCGAGAUCAUUCACUAUAUAAAGGCCAUCAAGUUUUCUUAUAUAAAAGAGCUCAGAUUUUUGUUGCUGAUCUUUGGGGCGCUUUCAAGGGAAAAGGUUAUGGCAAUUUCUAUGACAUUAGUUCCAUAACAAUAUUUGCAGACUACAUAGUCCCUGCUGUGCUUAGGAACCUUGGUGUGCUUAAGUACAGCUCAGCCUUGGAAAACAUUGUUGAUUCUGAAAAAGAAAUAGGUUCUGGUACGGAGGAGGAAAUUGAGAUACGUGCCUGCACAAUUCAUGCUGUUGAAAAGAUGAGGGAGCUUAUCGAAACAAAGCACGGGAAACAGGUGCUGAGCAUAGAUUUGGACCUCUGGCUCUGGUCUUUUGGUGUGCAGGACUCAUCUUUGCAACAUCACCGAACCCUCUCUAUUUACUACUGAAUGUAUUUCAGCUGCAAUCUUCCUCUCUAUUUAGAGAAGUUCAGUUUAUGCUUGAAUAUUUGCAAGGGUCUUUAAUGGAUGUGUUCAAAAUUUUGGUGAUAGAAGUAGCAAUUAACAAAUGAGCAUUAUAUGAAAUAUAUUUAGAACAUAUUUUUUUGACGAGUGGUUUUUAAGAUAA